AAGAUGACUGCCAGACGUCUGUAUCAGUGGCACUGGAUGGGGAGGAGUCGGAACUUCUGUUUAUCAGCCCUAAAAGCAGCAACAUAGGCGAACAGGACUCUGAUUGGCCUGUGGACGCUGAGGUGGACGCUUACGUCAUCGUAUACUCCGUCACCGACAAGAACACGUUCCAGUACGCUACCAAGAUCUUGUACAACUUGCGGAAGGUGGCAAAGAAGGACUGUCCCAUCAUUCUCGUUGGCAAUAAGAUCGACCUGGCUAGGAGGCGCAGUUUAUCAACUGAGGAGGCUAAAGAUGUGGCAUGCCAUUACAACUGCAAAUUCAUUGAAACGUCCGCCGUAUUGAAGAUGAACGCAGACGAACUGCUAGUGGGGAUACUAAAGCAAAUCAGACUGUCGGAAACACACCAACCAGAUGACUUCUCAACAGCCCGAAAGAUGUCGAUGCGAAAGUCAAAAUCGCCAGUAAGAACAUUAGCUAAGGAAAUCAUAAAGAAAUUCUCAAGUAAAAGGCGGACUUCAAACGCGGCAAAGUCUUGCGAAAAUCUCUUUGUUUUGUAAGGUUUUCAUUCAGCAAGACAUUUUUCAGGGGUUGCAUAAGUUUGUAAAUUAUGGAUUUGGUGUUGUUGGCUAUAGGAGAGAAUCAGGCAAGAAAAUAUUACAGCACAAAGGGAAACUAUAUACAGUUUAUACAUUGUACAUGUAGCCUUAAGAAAUAAACUGCAUUUUCGCACGUUUUUGCCAUGAGUUCCACGAGACUGAUGGAUAAAGGCAUAUAUAUACAAACCUACCUCCGUUAGGAGUCUGCCAUGUGAUGGAACUUGC